AUGUCGAAAACAUUCCUCGUCACCGGUGCGACAGGCUACCAAGGUGGCAGCCUCGCACGAGUCCUCCGCUCUCAAAACCACACCGUGAACGCGCUCAUCCGCGACCCAUCAUCCCCCAAAGCUCUCGCUCUCAAAGAGCUAGGCGUGAAAAUCUUCCAUGGCAGCUUCGAUGAUGUCGCUGUCAUCAAGAACGCCAUUUCAGGCUGUGCAGGCUUAUUCUUGAACCCGUUCCCAACACCAGCAGAUCCACAAUUGCAAGUCCAGCACGCUCGUAACUUCAUCAACGCCGCAAUUGAGGAACAGUGCCCCCUCGUCCUCUCAACAGCAUUCAUGACAGCCCAAAAAGAGUCAUGGGUUGGAUCCAGUCCCCAGGACUUUUUGUAUCUUUACUACAGCAUCAACCACAUCAUCGAAGAAGAAGUGCGCUCCGCCGCCAGCAUCGGAAAGCUCAAGGCUUAUACCAUCCUCAGGCCGGCAUACUUGAUGCAUAACUACCUAAUCCCGUUCUCAUUCUUUCAUUAUCCCGAACUUCCCAAACAAGGGGUCAUGAAGCACAUGUACAUUGACGGCCGACGCAUCUCGCACUUGGACUCUGCGGACGUCGGUAAACUAGCCGCCGUCGUUCUGCAAACCCCCGAAAAAUACGAUAAGCUCGAAAUUGACCUGGGAGGCGAGAAUUUAGAUGCCGAUGAAGCAGCCGCAAUAAUCCGCAAAGUCAGCGGUAGAGAGGAUAUCGUGACGGAAAAACUGGUGAUUCCCAAUUUUGAUACGGUCAAAAAGACGGGGUUGACCUGGCAUUAUUAUGCAAACACGCAAGAUACAGAAUUAGCCAAUAAGAAGGAGGUAGAGGAGUUGUUUGGGGUGAAGUUGACGAGUUUUGAAGAGUAUUUGGUCAGGGAGAGGGAGUUAUUGAACAAGUCUUUGCCAGCACAAAAGGAGUAG